GUCAUACAUAUAAUUUAUAUCCACAUUACAAUUUUUAAAAAUUAUAUAUGUAUAUAUAAUAAUGACAAAAAUCAUUAUAAAAGAAUUCAAUUUUCAUCUAAACCUAAGCCAUGGAAGUGGAGAUAAUAUCAAGUGAAACAAUCAAACCAUCUUCCUUCCCACCAUAUCUUCAUCUAAAAUCCUUGAAACUCUCAGUUCUUGAUCAACUCUCCCCCUUCACUUACACUUCUCUCGUCUUCUUCUACACUCUCAAUAAUGACUCCAAUGAUCCUCUCCAUCUUUCCCAUGCCCUCAAAACCUCCCUCUCUAAAGCCCUUUCAGAGUUCUACCUUCUCGCCGGCAUCAUCAAAGACGACUCACAAAUCCUCGCCAACGGCGUCGGAGCCCUCUUUCAAUUUGCGAGAGUUCACGGCGCCAUGUUUAAGUUUCUGAACCAACCAAGCUUCGAGUCUUUGAGUCAACUCAUCCCUUUUCGAUCUUCACGGAACAUGUCGUCGUCUACAAUGGAAGCAAUAUAUCCUCAAGUCGCAGUCCAACUCAACGCCUUCAACGGCGGCGGGGUGGCCGUGGGGGUCUGUUUUUUACACAAGAUCAUCGACGGGACAACACUGAGCAACUUUCUAAGGCGGUGGGCUGCCGGUGCCGGAUCGUCAACAGAAGAGAGAGGAGGAGGGAGACUACCCGAAUACUUAUCGUCGACAGCGGCGUUCCCGGGGAGAGAUUUGUUGGGAAAUUCAUGGCUUUCAAAAGGAUAUUCACCAUUUGUAGGUAAAGGAAAGAUUAAGAGAAGAAGAUUUGUGUUUAAAGGUGAUGUCAUUUUAAAGCUAAAAGAGGAAUUAGUGAAAUGGAAGAAUGUGAAGAAUCCCACAAGUGUUGAAUUGGUUACUGCCUUCAUAUGGAAGUAUAUGAUGAUAGCGGCAAUACAGAAAUCAUCUGGUUCUCCACGACCAUCGGUAUUGACUCAUGCAGUCGACCUCCGAAGAAGAAUGGUACCACCACUACCACCAACCAUCAUUGGAAACAUUUUCUGGAGUGCAGUUGCUCAUUACGACUCGCCGAACACCGAGAUAGAACUGAGCAAGCUCGUUAAUCUUAUUCAGCAAUCAUUUGCCGAGAUCGACUAUAAGUUCAUACAAGAAAUGACGGGAGAAGAAGGGUUUCAAACAAUUUCAAAAUGGUUCAUGAGAAUGCAAGAGCUUUAUUCUUCAAAUCCAUAUUCAUAUGGAUUUACAAGCUGGCGAAAUAUGGGGCUAAAUGAGGUCGAUUUCGGGUGGGGAAAGCCUUCAUGGGUCAGCCUUGCAGGACCUGAAAAUUCAGUGCUGAAAAAUGUUGUUGUUUUGAAGGAAGCCAUUUUAGGAGAUGGGAUUGAAGCAUGGAUCAUGUUGGAUGAAGAUGAGAUGAACAUAUUGGAAAAUGAUCAACAAUUCCUUGCUUUUGCUUCUAAUAAUCCAACUAUCCAUUUAGGUUAAGUGAUUGAAAUUUGUUCGUACAC